AUGAAUCUUUCCGAGUCCUGGCCGAAUGCUGUUCCUCUCCUAUCCCCCACCAUCCCUUCAUACUAUGAAUCCACUCGUCCAUACCACCAUGACCGCGCCUUUGUCACCAAGCCGGAGAAGGCAGACAUCCACCUCUUUGACAAAGGAGCUAUACCAUCCGAGCUGCAUUUCAACCAUAGCGACGCCUUCGAACGACAUAUCGCGACGACCCCCAAGCCACGCUUUCGAGUAGUUUUGAUUUCGUCGGCCAAAUCCGUUUGCCCACUCGGUAUCACAGAACCCGCCUUCCACCGCCUCCUUGACCAAUACGACAUCGACCGUUCUUUUCGCGGUCUCUGCCUCACAUUCGGCGAUAAACCCAAACAUGCAGAUGCCGGCCGCGGAGCAAUGCGUAUCCUCCGACACUCGAAUGGAAUAAUCGAUCUCCACUACCUACUCUCCUAUCCGGAAGACGACCUCAAGAGCGCUACAGCCCCCGACUGGACGAUCCGCCAAGUCGAAGUCUUCCAACGCAUUGACCCAGCCAACGCGGAGAACCUGUGGAUUAUUCUGAGUGCUCGACGCAAAUCCAGACUGCAACAGGCCCUUGAUGCCUUCAUGCAAGCAAGCACGACCAACCAUGCGCUGGCGGACUGGAGCAUUCUUCCUCGUCUUGUGUUCACGACUUAUAUGAGUAAUUGGAGGUGGUAUAUCGCUAGCCUCGGGGCGAAGAUUGACAAAGCGGUACGUUGGUCUCCAGCAAAGAUCUAUGGCAUGCGGCGCUCAGACGACCAAAGAGCCUUCUCUGUCUUGAAGCCUCAGUCCCUGGGCGAUCAGCUGGCGCCGCUAUGCGCCUGGCUGACAGUUGCUCUGCGUACCGUGCAGCAACUGCGUCGCGUCAAUGAGAUUCUACAUCAAUAUCAUGGUCUGGAUGGCCGGUACUACCGCAGUCUCGACGUCGAGCUGCUCAUGCAGGAGGCAGACCUGACUAGUUGCGUAGACAGUGUGCAAGUCUUGGAGAAGAAGAUCCAAAGUAUUGCUAAUAUGCAAUCCGUCAUCCUAAAUCUCAACUACCAGGACGUAGCUGCCCAGGUUAACAGCCAGAUGCUCAAGCUCGGCACCGAGUCCUUCGACGAUAGCUCGACGGUCAAAUCCAUGACGCUCGUCACGUUGAUUUAUCUCCCUGCGAGCUUUGUCUCGUCCAUCCUAGGCAUGAACCUCUUCGACUUCGACGGCGGCGAUGAGAAAAAUGGCGGAUUUACCAUCUCAAACCAAUUCUGGAUCUUCGUGGUGAUAGCGGUGCCGCUCACGCUUCUCACGCUUCUCUCGUGGUACUUAUUCACGCGGCGCACGAAGAAGGCCCGCGCGCGGCUGACGAACGGGCCGCAUAGUUUCGCGCAGGAUGAGAAUCCCAUGCAGCAGGUUGAGAGUUGGGUUAGUUGA